UUUUUUUCGUUGAGAGCUACAACAGCAGCAGAUCUAAAUCUGAAAACAGCAUCAAGUGGGUGGUUCGAGCGACCUACACAGGUUUGGAGCUGAACAGCACUGACAGUAAUGAAGUGAUUUUCUGCAUUACUUAUUUGGCAAGACUUUGUUCCAAGCAGACAAAAGAAGCAGACGAAAUUUGACAUUGAAACUCCCGGAAGGCUAUCGGAGAGAACAGAAGGAGGCGGAAUUCUUGACCCGAAUAGAGAGUACCGAUGGUGUUACAGUAUUCUCGGAUUCACUGCAGUAAUAAACGCCGAUCGACACAAUGAGUUCCACCGUGGUAACCCGCCGAGGCGCUCAAAAAUCCAAAAUCACGACCCGCUCCCAACAGGCAGCCGAAGCAGCGGAAGCAACCGAACGGCGGAACAAAUUCUACGGCCGCAGACCGAACCCUAUCAGUUUGGCAGAGGUGAAAAAGAGGGGCAAGCUGAAAAUGUCCUCCCAACAGGAGCUGGGUGGACCGGAUGGAACGGCAAUUGGGUCGGAUCAGAACGUGGUGCAGUUGAAAGAUAUCUACAGCAAUGCCAUGUCGGCGAUUGAACUGGUCCGUGGUCCGACGGGACUGGUUUACGACGAGAAGUUUGCGGAACAUCGGUGUUUGUGGGAUACCGGGUAUCCAGAGUGUCCGGAGAGGUUCACCCGGGUGGUGGAACGCUGCCGACAGUUGGGAUUGGUCGACAGGUGCAAGACGGUUGAGCCGAGGAUGGCGACGGAGGAGGAAAUUUUGACCAAGCAUACGCCGGAACAGAUCGAGAUCUUGAAGAAGUCGAAAGGGAGCGAAGAUGUGGAUGGGCUGGAGAAGUUGAGUUCGUGUUACGAUGCUAUCUUCGUUCACCCAUCUUCGUACGAUUGUUCUUUACUGGCGAGUGGGAGCACGAUCGAGCUGGUGGAUGCCAUCGUGGCCGGGAAGGUACAGAAUGGGAUGGCAAUUAUCCGACCACCAGGCCAUCAUGCAAUGAAGGCCGAAUACAAUGGGUAUUGCUUUUUCAACAAUGUCGCCAUUGCGGCACAACACGCCCUGGACCAGCUGGGACUGAAGAAGAUCCUGGUGGUGGACUGGGACAUCCACCAUGGGCAGGGAACGCAGCGGAUGUUCUACGAUGAUCCGAGAGUGCUGUACUUUUCGGUUCAUCGGUACGAGUGUGGCAAGUUUUGGCCCAACUUGCGGGAGUCGGACUUUGACUACGUCGGCGAAGGUCCCGGACUAGGGUACAACUUCAAUGUUCCGCUCAACAGGAUCGGAAUGACGAAUGGAGACUACCUGGCCAUCUGGCAGCAGAUCCUGCUACCGGUGGCGAUGGAGUUCAACCCAGAGUUGGUUAUCGUUUCGGCCGGUUAUGAUUCUGCCCUAGGGGAUGACAAGGGUCAAAUGGAGAUAACCCCGGCCUUCUACCCACAUCUGUUGACUCCGCUCAUGUCCCUUGCCCAGGGGCGUGUCGCCGUCGUCCUAGAAGGCGGCUACUGCCUAUCUUCUCUGGCCGAAGGAGGUGCCCUCACUCUCCGAAGUCUACUCGGAGAUCCAUGUCCUCUGCUCGUGGAAAAACUGCAACCGCCCUGUGAAAGCAUCCAGCACACCAUCCUCAACUGCAUCCAAACGCACCGGCCCUACUGGAAGAACCUCCAACUGAACGAUACCUACGGUCUCGAAGAGCUCAAUAAUGUCAACCCGCAGCCAAACUUCCACCAACUGAUACAGUAUUACGUCCAACCAGAACCGCAGUCCGAACCCAUCCGGUACGAAACUCGCAACUGUUACCCAGUGCAAAGCACCGAAGAGAAAGCUCGCAUCGAGGAGCACCUGUCCAUGCUCCAGAUUGCCACUCGUCUGACGUUCCCGGCAAGUCGAGUUUGCUACGUGUACGACGAACUACUCCUGGAACACCGGAACAUCCACGAAGAUCUCCACCCGGAACAACCGCAAAGGAUUGCCAAAAUCUACGCUCGUCACGAAGAGUACAAACUACUGACCAGGAUGAAGCGUCUCAAACCCCGACAUGCCACCACCGACGAGCUGUGUCUGGUUCACUCGCGACAACACGUCAACGUGAUCCGUCGAACGGUCGAACGGGAAGAGAUGAAGCAGGUGGCGGACCAGUUCAACUCCGUCUACUUCCAUCCGAAAACGUUCGAAUGUGCUACGAUGGCUGCCGGAUCGGUGCUACAGGUCGUGGACGAAGUCCUGAACGGGCAAUCCAGGAGUGGAGUUUGCAUCGUGCGACCCCCCGGUCAUCAUGCCGAGUCCGAUAUGCCGCAUGGUUUCUGCAUCUUCAACAAUGUGGCGAUUGCUGCACAGUACGCCAUCCGGGACCACGGUUUGAAGCGGGUGCUGAUUGUAGACUGGGACGUUCAUCACGGAAAUGGGACGCAGCACAUUUUUGAGAACGAUCCGAAAGUUUUGUAUAUGUCGGUGCAUCGAUACGACAAUGGGACGUUCUUCCCGAAGAACAGGGAUGCGAAUUUUGACGUGGUGGGCGCUGGAUCCGGCGAAGGGUUCAAUGUGAAUAUCCCGUGGAACAAGAAGGGCAUGGGAGACCAGGAAUAUUCGGCAGCUUUCCAGCAGAUCAUUCUACCCGUGGCGUACGAAUUCGAUCCGGAGUUGGUGUUGGUGUCGGCCGGUUUUGAUGCGGCGAUUGGAGAUCCGUUGGGUGGUUGUAAGGUUACCCCGGAAGCAUACGGUUUCUUUACGCAUUGGUUGUCGUCGCUGGCCAACGGCCGGGUAAUCGUUUGCCUGGAAGGUGGAUACAAUGUGAACUCGAUCUCACACGCAAUGGCUUUGUGUACCAAGUCCCUAUUGGGUGAUCCGCUGCCGAUGUUACAACUGAGUUCCCGAUACAACGGACCAAACAUUGCGUGUGUGGAAAGCUUGAGGAACGUCCUGUCGGUGCAUGAAAAGUUCUGGAAGUCGUUGCGGUUCAACAAAAAGCUUCCGGACUUCGGCAACAGUCCCGGUGCAGAACCAGAUUUGAAUGGUGCUUUCAGUAGUAUGCAACUGUCGCCGUCGACGGCAGAGUCCUGCAGCAGUGGGUCAACAGGGUCGUCACCGGGUAAAGGAGACGCUCCAUGUGAUGGUGAUGACCAACCCGGUCCCAGUCGGAGGAGAAAGACUGAUAAACCGACAGCAGAAAGCAGCACUGGCGGGUCCGGUGCUGAGGAGAAACACGAAACACUUAGAGACUUUCUUGCUGCCAAUUUGGAGGCCUUACAAAACGAGGAAAUGUUUGCCGUCGUCCCUCUGCGCGAUUGUCCACACCUGAAAGAACUCAAUCCGGACAACUUGCCAGAAACAAUCAGUACAAAAGCCCCAUGCACCGGUUGUGAUUCCACUACGGAGAAUUGGCUCUGCCUGCACUGCUUCCAGAUCCACUGUGGCCGAUACAUCAACGAGCACGCGAUGCUGCACAGUCUCGAGUCGGAACAUCCGCUGGCGCUAAGCUUUAGCGAUCUCUCGGUAUGGUGCUACAAGUGCGAGUCCUACAUCGACAAUCCGGUGCUGUACCCUUUCAAGAACCUGGUCCAUCGGGACAAGUUUGACGGCGAGGAGCUGGUUUGGUCCUAUGGCAGCGAUUUGUUCCUGGACGUGACGCUACCGGUCCAAGUCAAAAGCACCAAAACGAAGGAAUGAUAUUUGUUUUUGUCCAAGAUCUUGGUCCGGAUAUUCAUGAUCUACUUGGCCAACUAUCUGGUGACUGCCUACUUCAAGUGAGCUCCCAAAGGUGCUCGAUUUUCGGUUAAAACACAAACAAGUAUUAUUAUUUUUACCUUUUUAACCAACUUACUUUCGGACGAUUUUAACAACCAAUAAUGGGUCUCGAUUAAUCCAAGUUAUAAUUUUUAAAACAAAACUUAAGUAACAAAAUGCGAGCAUGUUCAAAUUACUAGUUAAGCAAACUAAACUGACUAAAUUAUUAACUAGCACACAUGGAACAAAUACGAUGCUAACCAAAGAAGUGAUAGCAAACUAACCUUAAUCACAGAAGCAAGGACGAACAUAAAAGACAAACUAAUAUUUUCAGUGGAAAUGAGUAACUAUUGACCAACGAGUAGUGUUGUAAGAGAUGAAGCUAA